CAAGCAAAUAUUGUUCUCUUUAUUUUUUUUAAAUAAAACAAGAGAGACUUAAACAUGGUAUAUUUAAACACAAAUAUGUUCAAGCAAACCUCAUACAGUAAUUUGCUCUUUCUUGACAACUCUGCCGCUGGGCAAAUGGAAUUUAGCAUAGAUUUUAGUGUCAUCGUAAACAUUCAAAGAACUGUUGCGUCACUGGUGCCUGGCAUCUUGGGGCACAAUGUGGUGCUGUACUGAACGCGGGGGAACGCAGUAGUUCAACUUUGCGGGAGGUCUACCCUGUUUUUUUUUUAUUGCCAAAAUAAUCUACUGACUCAGCACUUAUGUGCUGUUUUGCUGUAGCUUCAUGUUGGCGCUUUUAACGUGGAAGUAUUUGACCUAACAGGAACUUAUUAAGAAAUCUGACGGUUUUGUUUCUACUGUAAAUCAUGCAGGAGUUGAAGCAUCUGCUAUUAAUUAAAACAAAGCAUUCCAGAGCAGCAGAAGCCCCCUGUCACGCCCAUCUUAUCACAAUAUUCCAAAGCGAAAAAAAAAGAGUCCGCUAACACAGAAAUUGACGCCGCGUACGUACAGCCGCAAAAGACUAAAAUCUCAAGAUGUGCUUUGUACAUGAAGAAGCUUCACUUUCACUGCAGCCCUCUCCUUUCCCUUCACUUGACACAUCCGAAGUGAGUGGAUCCAGCAAAACUAACAAAAGAAAGCAGCGGGGGCGGCGGGGGAGUAAUUGGGGUGUGGUGGAGGGGAUGAGGGGAAAAAAACCAACAGGCAGAGGAACAUGGAAAAUCCCUGGUUCCCAUGCCAAGAGUCUGCUGCAGCAAAAACAGUACGAUUUUGGGGAGCGUGUUGUGGAAGGAGUCUUUUUUUUUUUUUUUUUUUAAAUCAAGUUGAAUUGACUUAAAUAUUCUCACUGAUAAGGAACAGGUUUGCUAAAAUGCAACCCAAAUAUGUAAAAGGUCAGUGUCCAUAGUACGUAGUUGCUGUACAUUUUUAUAUCAUGAAAAACGUUUUUCCACAUGCUGGAUUAUUCAUUUAAAUUACACAAAAAAAAAAAACCCUCUUUUAUAACAAUUCUUCAACUUGCUUCCAAAUUUGAGACUAAAGAUUUGAAACCAAUACGGCCAAUUAUGCGGUCAGAUACUGUUACCGUGAACCGUUUGGCUAAAAACAUCAAUGCCAGACAAUCAAAUUGGAUUUUUGUUGCUCACAAGUUGCCAGCAGCCCAAAUGCAGCUUACUGCGCACGUCAGCUCUCAUUUCCCAAGCUUGUUGCUUCCAAAGCGGCGCAGCUGCUAUCUAUAGAACAACUCUAUUUUCAGACCGUGCUGAGGGGACGCAAUGGAACGCGUUUGUUUACCAGUCACAUGUAGUGGAUACAUGGCUUCAAUCUCAACUGGAGUGACACAUUCUCCAUCGGAACAAAGAACCUUGUUUGAAAGAUCAUGGAUGUGCCCCAGGGCCCGGGAUCUGCUCAAGAGAAGAAUGCGACCCUCGAUCUGGUGAAAAGAGAGGGCGGUCGGGUGAGGGUGAAGGUGGAAGAGAGCUGGUUCAGCGUAGAGAGGGGCUUCCUCACGAUGCACAGCUAUUACUUCCGGGCCCUCUUUCAGUCUGGCAUGCGAGAAAGCAAACAGGAGGAGCUCCAUCUUAAAGGAGGGGUGCAUGCAAGAGGUUUUCUCAUCGCACUUGCUGUCUGUAAGGGAGACCUUCCGACCCUCUGCGACCCGGAUGAGCUAGUAGACGCCGUGGAGUGCGCCGCUUUCCUCCAGGUGCCGCAUUUGACACGGCAUCUCUGCGAUAUUAUCGAUUCGGACAACUGCCUCGUGCUUUACCACGCCGCCUACGUCUUUGGGGUCGAGAAACUGUUUCACAGCGCCGCUCUGUUCCUCUGCGAUACCUUCGAAGACCUGAGGGAAAUGGCAGAGGCAACGCUACCCGAGGAUCUGCUGCAGUAUUCCCAGUCGUUAGCCCCCGCCUCUUACAUCGCAAUCGGCACCCAUACUCCUUCAUUGGAGCUUCUUCACGACUCCUACCGGGUCGUGUGCCACCUUGAUGAAAGAGAAGGACAUUGGAAGACUCUCACGCACCUCCCAACUCUUUGCAGUACUUCCAUGUGUGGCGUGGCAGUACUGGACAACCGGCUGUACAUCGUAGGGGGAGUUUAUGGUUAUCAAAAAGACGCCGUAGACGGUGGCUUCUGCUUUGACCCUGAAUCAGGGAAUUGGACUGCGCUUCCAGGACCCCAGAGACCCAGAUACGACUUCACGUUGCUGGGGAACGAGGGCCGACUCUACGCCAUCGGAGGCGAGUUCCAGAAAAGCUACAUCUCCACGGCCGAGUGUUACGACCCUGUGAAGGGAGAGUGGACUUUUAUACAGCAAGCUCCAAGACCGCUAGCGUCGGCUGCUUGCGCCGUUGCGAGGCGUCGGGUGUUUGUUUGCUUCUGGAAGCCCCCUGAUACCACGGACAUCUACGAGUACACAGUGCCCGACGACGCGUGGAAACUCACCACCACCAUGAUCAGACCUCAAAGUUACGGCCACUGCAUGGUAGCCCACAGGGACAAUUUGUACGUCAUGCGCAACGGGCCGUGCGAUGACUUUCUCCGCUGCCUCAUGGACUGCUACAAUAUCACCACAGCCCAGUGGACAGCCAUGCCGGGACACUACAUCAACAGCAAGGGGUCGCUGUUCACCACCAUGAUAAGGGGCGACUCCGCAUUUACGGUGAAACACAUGUUAACCCUCGAGUACGCCAUCGGCACGGGUGAAUGGAAGCCUCGAAGGCAGAUGAAGGGUUUUCCAAAGAGCGGAUCGCUGUGGACGUGUUUACUCAGGCUUCCCAAGACGGGACCGGAAAUUCCCCAGGUGGAUGCUCGGGGGAAGGAAAAGGAAAUGCCUUUGACAGGCAGAACGGAGCAAUCAGUCGAUGAUAUGCUCAAGGUCUAACAUUUUUUGGGGAGAAAUUGGAUUGUGAAUAUUUGAAUCCCUGGCAGACGCUAUCUGUCUUAUCUGUCAGUGUUGGCAACUUGCGAUUGAGCAACUUUUCCGACUUCUUUAGCGAACAUCUCUUAAAAGGGAACCGAUGACUUCAAACAAUUUGGGCAGAAUCAUUUUGUUUUCUCUUCAGAAAAGAAUGCGGUGGCAGACCUUUGAACUGGCCCAAGCUAAAAGUAAUGAGGAGUAAAUGGUUUGGUAUGUUUUGUUUUGUUUUUUGGUGCGCCAUUACGCGCAUCUCUGGCGUAGAGCGGAAUCUUCAAAAUUUCAAAAUGAUCAUCCAUCCAUCCAUAUUCUUAGCCGCUUAUCCUCACGAGGGUCGCGGGGAGUGCUGGAGCCCAUCCCAGCUGUCAACGGCCAGGAGACGGGGUACACCCUGAACUGGUUGCCAGCCAAUCGCAGUUUGAGAAUUACAUUUUCACGAGUAUGCGUCAAAUUCAGGAGCUGGUCAUGUUCACCCCCCCC